GUUUUGAUGAACUCCAUGCUUGUUCUGAUCCUGGAUUCCCUGAAUAUGGAUAUAAAAUGCCGAGCACAGGUGUUUUCUUUGAAAGUUCAGUUGUCCGGUUUCAUUGCCAAGAAGGAUACAGGCUUAAGGGUCCAUUCAAAAAGCUUUGUGAGAGACAUUUUAAUGGCUCCCUAAGCUGGAAGCCAAAUGAUAAACCCGUGUGCCUACAAGAAGCUACAGAUUGCCUUGCUCCAGCUGUUGAAGAUGCAGAGAUUCAGAACAAGACAUACAGGACUGGAGAUAAAUUAAUAAUCAGCUGUCAUGAAGGAUUCCAGAUCCAUUACUCUGAUUUAGACAACAUGGUGUCAGUAUGUCAAGAUGAUGGAACAUGGGAUAAUCUGCCCAUUUGCCAAGGUUGCCUGAGACCACUGCUGCUUCCUCAUAGUUUCAUUAAUAUAUCUGAGUUCGAGUCUUCCUUCCCAGUAGGAUCAAUGAUAUAUUUUCAGUGUUUUCCUGGAUAUAAACUAGAAGGGGCAGAGUUCCUUGAGUGCAUGUAUAAUCUUAUCUGGUCAGAUAGUCCACCUAGGUGCCUUGAUGUGGAAGUUUGUCCACCACCUCCUAUGGUGACUCAUGGAGAUUAUAUCUGCCAUCCGCGGCCUUGUGAACAUUACAACCAUGGAACUGUGGUUGAGUUCUAUUGUGAUCCUGGCUACACUCUCAGUAAUGAUUACAAAUAUAUCACCUGCCAAUAUGGAAAAUGGUUUCCAUCAUAUCAAGUAUAUUGUGUCAAAACAGAACAAGCCUGGCCAAAUAACCAGGAAACUCUCCUGCGAACAUGGAAGAUUGUGGCAUUCACUGCCACUAGUGUUCUUCUAAUGCUUCUGUUAGUUAUUCUUGCCAGAAUGUUCCAAACCAAAUUUAAGGCACAUUUCCUUCCAAGAGAUACUCAAGAGAAUUGCAGCAAUGGGCCAGACUUUGUGGUGGUGGAUGGUGUUCCUGUCAUGCUUCCUUCUUAUGAUGAAGCUGUGAGUAGUGGCAUGAAUGAGUUGGCACCAGGAUGUGCGCCCCCUGCAGGCCAGGGAUAUAUUUUUCAAGCAGAUGAUCAGAAUCCUCCAGCUUAUCCUGGACCAGAUGAUUUGAAUAGGUUGCCAGCUGAAUUUGACACCUGUGACAGCAUUUCAGGUUCUUCUGAACUUCUUCAGAGUUUAUACACAUCUUCUGCAUGUCAGAUGGGAGCUCAUCCUGUCUCAGAGAGAACUGAUGUUAUCAACAGCACCACUGAGGAAGUAGCAUCAACCAGCCCAAGCAUUGAUAUUGCUGAUGAAAUUCCAUUGAUGGAUGAAGACCCUUAAUCUGCACAAAUAUUUCUUGUACUUUGUUUGGGGCUGGGGAAAUAAAUCAUUUACAUAUGUACACAUACAUAUCUAUAUAUCUAUAUGAAAUCUCUAUAUAAAGACUGAUUAAAGAUGGAGGCAAGGAUAUUUUCUGUUUUUAUAAAUCUUCCACGUUAUAAUGUCAUCAGAUUUUGUGCACAUAUCUUAAAUCAACUUUGGGGUUGAGAGCAUCAGCUAUUCAACAGCAGCUUUACAAAAUGAAUCCUGAGGAUUUGAUGAGACUAAACAUUACAGGAGAAUUAUACGUUCGCGGAAUAGUGACAAGUGUAUCUGCAUCGCAGGAAGUUUUAACAGCUCUUUAGAAACACCAGUGAAGAAUAGACAAUGGCACACGUGCAAGUUAUAAUAGAAGUAUUUCAGAUAAUGUAAAUUCUGUUUUAUAAAAGCUGCUUCAUAUUUACGAUGGACCACAAUUUACAAACUUAAUUUAUUGAGGGCAAAAUAAACAGUUGAAAUUAAAAUCAAAGAGGGUCAUUUCUAAAUUUCUUCACAAAAUCCAAGGUGAAAACCUUUACUGCAAGCAAAUAAAACACUUGGGCUCAAGGAAAAGCUUAAUUAUUUGGGGUAAAAACUCACUGGAAGGAACUUUUUAAAAGUAAUGAAGAUUAUACUUGAAAUUAAGUAAAAGUACUUUAGAUGAUGCUAUAAAGAACACAAUAUGUUACAGGCAAAUGCUAAGAUACUACUACUUCCUAAUUAUUCCAUUAGGGGACGUAGGAAAAGGAGGCAUUAGAAUACUUGGUUGAACAUGGGAACAUGUAGAAAUACAAAAUAUUCUUGUUAAAAAAAGUAAAAGUUGGGAAAUCCUUAUCCUCAGAGAUACAGUAAAGGACUGGGUUCAGUGGUGUCAAAGAGUCAUCAAAUGGUUAUUCUCACCAAAAAAAAAAAAAGGAAACUAGGUUGAGUAUGAACUGCUUGAGCUUCUUAGGACUGAAAUAUCUUAGAAGAAAUUGCUAUUAGUUGGGUAACACUCUGAUCAGGAGGUCAUUACAUAUACAGGUUUCUUUUGUAUAUAUAAAUUUUCAUUAUAUAUUUUUCUACUGUAGUCAUUUGGAUCGUGUAAAGAGUAACUGUUAUGGGGUAAAGAUAUAACUGAACUUUUAAGACAGUGAACUAUCAAUAGUUAUCGCUGAAAGUAACUUCAGUUCAUUUCAUUUAAAGAUGUGGGUAAAGCAAAUAAAAUGCUUAAGAAGAAUACAGACUUGAAAAGAUUGGUAUUUUUUGUAAGGUUGUCUAUAGACAUUAUAUCUUUCAGCCUUACAAUAUUACUAAAGAGAGAAUCAUAACAAAGAGGAGCUUCUGUUGUGAGAAAACAACAUGCUUUAAAUUACUAAAGUAUUCAUGACAGCUGAGAUUUAUGCCAUAAUAUGAUGUGAUAGGACAAGAACAUUAAGCACACAUUUGGGUGUUAAAUAGCAGCUUUAACCAUUGUGGGACCUUCAGGAGGUUGGUCAAUUUUUGUGCCAUCGCCCAAUCAAAAAUCUGUUCCUCCACUACCCACCUGCUUUGGGCAGAAAGAAGGAUAGAGUAAUGUCUUCUCUGCUAAGUCAAGUGAUUGUUUCAGCUACUGCAAAUGGGCUUCCUGAUUCCGUGCCAUACCUUAGGCAUUUAGGCAGAAACUCAAAUAUUAUUUUCCAGGGUAAAUUUACAGUUGGGUACAGCUAGCCAAAUUGAUAUAGAAGAGAUUUUUGGAGCUGCACAAAUUAUGUUGGUUUUAUUUUUACCUCUCUUAUUUCUUCUGUUACAAAAUAUGGGAUUUGAGGGGGGGGAGAUCUUGCAUCUCCUGAUGAUCAGAAAUUAAGUUUUCAUUUUAUAACAGUAUUACAAAUGACAUGUUAUAUACAUAUUGUGUACAUCUGAAUCUUACUGUUCAAUAUUGAUCUAACAACAACCACGACAAGA